ACUAGAUAUGACGAAAUUAGCGCGCCCGUUUGAUUUAAGUUCUUCUUGCCAAGAAGGUAAUAGGUGCUAUUUUAGACAGACGCCUAGAUUUCGUGAAAAUAUCGUCUGCCGUUUUUCUUUGAAAGGCAUUUGCAUGUUUGGUGAUAAUUGUUGGAAUUCUCAUCCAAAAGCUGAAGAUGAUGUUUAUUAUAUAUCUCAACCUUGUAGUGAAGAGCAGAAUACUGGUCAUUUACAGCAACAGACAGGGAAUAUGGAUAUUUUUCCCCGCCGAAAAAAAUUUUCAAAAUUUCAACACCAGUUUAAAUGGUGAGGCAUCUCUUUGUCGUGAAUCAGAUUUACACGACUGGAUAAAUGCACCUGAAUUCGUGCCAGCAAGCAGCAAAUAUUUAGCCACUGCUUCGAAUUCAAAUGACAGUGUUGAUAGUUCAGAGCCACAAAAGUUGGAUAUGGAAUUCUGCCCGCAUUUCUUCGAUGGUGUUUGUCCAUUCGACGAUUGCCCAUGCAUCCACGGAGAGUUAUGUGAACUGUGUCAAAGAUAUUGCUUGGAUCCUUUUGAUGAAAAGCAGCGAGGUCUUCAUAUUGCAGUCUGUAGGCAUGAGCGAGAUACGGAUAUUCGACGUGAUUUGUCAUGUGGUAUAUGUUUGGAUAUCGUAAUGGAAAAAGAUCGAGUUGCAGAGCGUCGAUUUGGUAUUCUCGAGAAUUGCAAUCAUGUGUUUUGUUUAUCCUGCAUCAUUAAAUGGAGAAAUGUGAGAAAUUUUCAUGAGGAAGAUUUAAUAGAUCCUGCUGUUACUCGUGCUUGUCCCGAAUGUAGAGUGCCGUCUAGAUUUUACAUACCCAGUAAGAAAUGGGUUCAUUCCGAAGGGGAAAAGGAGAUAUUAAUUGCUGACUAUAGAAAGUCUUUGAGCACAAAGCGUUGUAAAUAUUUCAAAAACGGUAAAUGAAUUUGCCCCUUUGGGGAAGAGUGUUUUCAUCUUCACGCAUUGCCUGUUAUUCCAUCAGCAGCUGCCCAGACACCUCGCUUUAGUAAUAGAAUGUUUAGGAACUCAAGAAGAUGGUGAACAAUUUCGAAUCCACAAUGUGCCAUUGUAUAUGAAAGUAGUGACAAUUCGUUUGUAGGAAGUGCACAAUUUGUUUAGAUUUAACUAUGCAAGAAUUUUUUAUUAUGUUCUGCUGAAAUUCUCUUUUUAUUUAUGUUUAGUGCAUUUGACAAUGGUAACUGCAAUUAUUUUAUUUUAGAAUUGCUUCCUUUAUUUUAACCUUAUUCGUCGAUUCUACUACACAUGUUUUGAAUUUAUGAUUUUUUAUACAUACUUUUUUUAAGCUAUUUUGAGUGUAAAACUUAAAGCGAGUCUUAUUUAAUAAUGAUAAUAGUUAAUUUUGGAAAUAAUCUAUAUUAAUGUUAACGUAUUUCAGCCUAAAUAGUAGUUUCUAAAAAAUUUUCUAUCAAUAUGUUUCUAAAAAACCCUAUGUUUAGUGUUAUAUAAGUGUAACUUUUAAUUGUUAAGUAAUAAUUAAAUUUCUGAGUAUUUUAUUAUUAUUAUAUGUUUAUGAAAGUAAAAUUAAAAAAAAUUUCUGGAUUAUUAAACAUGGUAUAUGAUAAAAAUUUUUGAAUCUUCAAUGUGACAUACAAAUGAAUAUAUAUGUUAAUGUACAAAGAAAGCUUUUGUAAAAAGUGCAAUAUUUGUUUAGCUUUAUCUGUGCAAGAAUUUUUUUAUUAUGUUCAGCUAAAGUUCUCUAUUAGUGUGAUGAUAUAAUUCCUGUUCAUUGCAUUUAAUAUUUGUUAAUGUGAGUUAUUAACAAUUUUUUUUUCAAUUAUGCCUUUUUUCAACCUAAUUCUUCGAUUCCACAACACAUGCUUUGAAUUUAUGUUUUUCUAUAAAUAUGUUUUCGUGAAUGAAAUCUAUAUAUAAAUGCUAUGGUUAAUCUAUGGAUGAAUGCUAAUUUUUGAAUUAUAUUUGAAAAUGUAUAUAUUUUGCUCUAAUCUGCAGAUUUGAAUUUAUAGUUAUCUAUUAAUAUAC